AUGGCCGACAAGCAGUACAAGUACCGGCAGGAGAUUAGCCAGUCCAUGCGUCCGUCACAUCUUCUACUCCUCUAUCACAUAACGCUGGCUGCUGUUGAGCCAAGCCUUGCGCUGGUAACGGGGGAGGAAUGGCCAGGUGAAAAUGGAAGAGAGCACCGCUGGUGGACUGAGAGCUCCUGUUGCGAGUGCUACGUAUCUAUGGGCAUCAGCGAACCUGAACGGCCCGCGGGCAUUUGCCUGAUGCACGCCAGUGUGUUGGCAGUUGGCCCACGCUGCUUCUGUUGA